UUUGCAGCUCAGAACCUGAAAAUGUUCAAUCUGAUCCAAAGAAUUAUACUAGUCUUCUUGUUACAUGGGAAAGACCUCGGGUUGUAUAUGACACCACAAUUGAGAGAUUUGCUGUCUUUUAUCAACAGUUGGAUGGAGAAGACCAGACUAAACAUGAGUUUCUGACAGAUGGGUAUCAGGACUUGGGGGCUAUUCUAAAUAAUCUGCUGCCCAAUACAAGUUAUGUUCUUCAGAUAGUUGCUGUUUGCUCUAAUGGUCUAUAUGGAAAAUACAGUGACCAAGUCAUUGUUGAUAUGCCUUUAGAGGACCCAGAUCUUGAGGCAAAAGGGGAUUUCUUGGAGCUCCUGCUUCUGAAUUUAUGAAAGAAAAGUUAUCUUCACCAUGAAGACAUGAAAUAAAAUUGACUCGCAUAAAGCAUAAGCUAAAACUUUAAUUUUCAAGAAUUACUCUGAGUAAGCCAGUUUAAUUAAGAUGAAAUUCACUGCAGUCACCUCCAGAUCAAUUAAUCUUCAUGUUAAGAGCUAAAGUGAGGAAUGAGUCAUGCGGAAGCAUUAGAUGGGCCCUCUUCCAGGAAGAAUUCUGCCCUUGAAGUGGCCACUUUUAAUGAGGGAAGUUUCAGUGCACUGUGCAACACAAAUCUGGUGUUAAAAAAACUCACGACCGUUGUUUUAGCCUUUUCCUUUUGAGAUGCUUGCAAGAGAGUUUCUC